CCGUCUCCAUCUCCAUCUCCGUCUCCUCUCCCCUCCUCUGGUUUCUUUUCGUUUUUUUUUUCUUCUAAUUCUACCUUUUGCAUUUUCUCUCUUUUCUUUCUUCCCCAACUUGUGUAAUUGUGUCUGUGUCUUCUGUUUGUGUGUGGCCUUCAUUUCCUUUCCUUUCUUUCGUUGUUUUCUUCUCUUUUCUCUUCUUUCGAUUCUCCUCUAAACGCAAAUCUAUCGCAAUAAUAAUAAUAAAAAAAAAUAAUAAUAAUUAUGAUGAUGAUGAUGAUGAUGUUUGCCUCUGCUCCUUCCCUUUACUUUUCUGCCUUUCCCUCUUUCUGAUUUCGCACCGCAACUCGCCUCCAUACCUAAUCCUUUUUCGUUUUUUUGUUCUCUGAUUUUGGUUGUUCGGUUCCUGAUUUGGGGUCAUGCCGCGAGGAAAGGCAGCGGGGCGUCAGGGGGAGGCCGUCCAGGGCGGAAGGACGGACGGAUCUGGGCUUGAGAUCAGAUUUCGGGGCGUCAGGAAGAGGCCAUGGGGGAGAUUUGCGGCGGAGAUAAGGGAUCCAUGGAAGAAGACGCGUGUAUGGCUCGGGACCUUCGAUUCGGCGGAGGAGGCCGCCCAGGCGUACGAUGCGGCGGCGCGGACGCUGCGUGGCCCUAAGGCGAAGACGAAUUUCCCUCUGCCGGCGGGGACCGUUUUCCCCGAAUUCAACCCUCAAAACCCUAAUCGGGCGCAGAUGAAUAAUAACCCUAGCGAUCCAUAUCUGGCGUCCAGAUUCUACCGCCAGGACGAACAAAUAAUUGCGGCGCAGAGGCCGACCUCCAGCGGCAUGAGCAGCACUGUGGAGUCUUUCAGUGGGCCAAGGCAGCCGCGGCCGCCGCAGCCUCCGAUGCAGCAGCAGAGAAGGUACCCUCGUUCUCCGCCGAUCGUUCCGGAUGAUUGUCACAGCGACUGCGAUUCCUCCUCAUCGGUGGUUGACGACGCCGACUGCGACAUCGCCUCCUCCUCUUGUAAAAAAACCCUACCUUUCGACCUCAACAUGCCGCCGCCGACUGCGGACGCCACCUCAGCUGCUGUGGAAGAACUCGCUUGCACGGCGCUACGGCUCUGAAGUUUCUCUCAAUGAUCAUCUGGAGGAAAAUCCAUUUGGUUCAAUUACCAAUUUUAUUUUUAUUUUUUUUUUGAAAAAAAAAAAAUUAUGGAGAUCAGAAUCCUCAUAGAGGGAGAGAGAUAGAGAGAGAGUUGAAUGGCUAAGGACGUUCUAAGAGUCUUUCUUCUAUGAGUAUCUGUUGUUGAACUUUGAAAAGAACUUGUUUUAAAUUUUUAAGAUUAAUGUUAUCUAUAAUAGAGAUUACUAUGAUGCAUA